AUGGCAUUGAUUACUCUUAUUGUGAUAUUUUAUUAUCUAUCACUCAUAAAUGCUCAUUUUCUACCUGAACCAACGGAAUUUCAUACGAUUUUCGAACAAACUUCAAUAACAACGGCGGCAGCUCCUACGACGAAAGUUGAUCCAUCGAAAUGCAUUGAUGAUGAAUGUAAUGCACGCUUAGCAGCUAAAAUCGAAGUUCAUAGUUAUGAAUUAGAAUAUAUUUACAAUAAUACAAACCAAACAGUAAUUCAAGGAGAAGUGACGAUCCAUUUCACAUUGAAAGAACCUAUUCAACAACUUAUCUAUCAUGGGAAGCGUUUCAUAGAACUUGAAGAACCAGUUCUGUAUGAAGAUGGUGUGAACCGUUUGGUAUCAAUGCGAGUAUAUUCGCCCAAUGACUUCAUCAGUUUGCGUUUAAUGACAACAAACUCAAGUUUUAAUCCAAAUCGAUAUACUUUGAAACAAAGAUUUAGGGUUAGUUUGGUCGAUGGUAAUAUUGGCUUUUAUCAAAGCGUGUAUAAAGAUAGCAAUGGAACGGCAGGAAAGUUGCUAGCUUCGAAAUUCCAGCCAACUGAUGCCCGAAAAGCUUUUCCUUGCUUUGAUGAACCACAAUUGAAAGCGAUUUUCAAAAUUACUAUUGUUCAUCCACUUGACACAAUUGCAAUUGCAAAUUUUCCCAGCAUCGAAGAAAGUUUGGAGGGUGAUCUACGACGAACAAGAUUUGCCGACACAUUUCGCAUGAGUACUUACCUUGCUGCAUGGGCUGUUCUUCCAAAUACAUACGGAAAACUAGCGAGCACCCAUAAUGAACCAGAGAUAAUUGUCUGGGCUCGUCCUGAACCGACAGAGAAAGGUCAUACCGACUUAGCAUUGGAAAUCGCAAUCAAUUCUGUAUCAUAUUUUACGGAUUAUUUCAAUACAUCAGAGCCUGUUACUUCAAAAAUUGAUCUUUUGGCUGUUCCUGACUUUGCCUCGGGUGCUAUGGAAAACUGGGGUUUAAUUUCAUUUCGGGAGGAUCGCAUAAUCUUCGAUGAGAAAUCCGCAUCAAUUCUUCAAAAACAACAACUAGGCGAGACAAUGGCACAUGAAAUCGCUCAUUUCUGGUUCGGUAAUUAUGUGACAUGUAAAUGGUGGGACGAUUUAUGGUUGAAUGAAGCGAUGGCAACAUGGCUUUCCUACAAGCCAUUCACUACGAAAUAUCUUGAUUGGAACAUGGAAUUACAAGCGUUGACUGAAGAAGUUAUACCUGUUAUGUGGGAUGAUGCGAAACCAUCAUCACAUGCUAUUAUUGUUCGAAAUGUAACGAGUCCUGCUGAUAUUACGAGUAUAUUUGACUCGAUAACUUACUCAAAAGGCGCAAGUGUUCUACGUAUGUUAGAGAAAAUUGUCGGUUCAGAUACAUUUCGUGAUGGUUUGCGCGAUUAUUUGUAUUCAAAUGCGUGGGAUGUGGGCGAUCCAACGGUCUUCUAUAACAAAUUAUUUACUAAUAUCAGUGGAGAAGAAUUUAUGAAGAAUUGGCUCGAAGAAGCAAAUUUUCCGAUUUUGAAUGUACAUUUGCGUGCAAAUGAUAGUGGAACAUACGUCACAUUUAACCAAUCACGUUUUAUCAUUUCUAAUGCAUUAGAUUCAUCGAAUCUUACUAGUGAUUAUCGAUGGAAGAUCAAUAUUCAGUGUGUUUUAGGUGGAAACUCUUCCGAUGUUGUCAUUGCAAAUGGUACCAUUAAUUUUCUUCUUGAAACUGAAGAAGAAAACAUCUACUUGCCUGAACAAUUCUAUACUUGGAUAAAGUGUAAUCGUGAUUUUCAAGGUUUCUACGUCACAAACUAUUCAUCGGAUGCGUCCAUACCAUCAAACUGGCAGCAUCUCUCAGAUAUUUUGGAAUCUCAUCCAACAUUCUUUUCAGAUGAAGAUAAAGUUAAUUUAAUUCAAGACACAUUUUUACUUGCUUAUAGAGGUUUAGUCGAUUACAUUGAACCAUUGCGCAUCAUUCAAUCGUUAGUGAAAAUCGAUAGUAAACAAUUUGUUAUUUGGCGUACAUUUCAAUGGCACUUGGAAGUCUUAACUGAUUUAGUUGAAUUCUUACCUAAUCUUUGGCCGAAAUUUAAAGAGUUCGCAAUUAAACAAAUUUUCCUAUCCAGGUCAACUAUUGACGAUAUUUUAGAAACAAAUUCGACGGAUGAUCAUAAUACCAGAUUAAUAAAAGGUAUACGAUUUGCAUUUCUCUGUCGAAUGGAUCAUAAAGACGCUAUCAAACGCGCUAGUGAACUAUUUCGAUCGAUUCCAGUUGAAUACUUCAACGGUGGUCAAGUCGAUACAAACAUCAGUGCAGAUUUCUUGUCAACGAUCUACAUCUGUCAUAUAAGUAAUUAUGACAAUGCAAGUGACUGGGAAAUGAUGUAUAAUUAUUACAAAAUUGCCGUGUCACCACAAGAACAAACACGAGCUUUAAUAGCGAUCAGUUCGACGGAGAAUCGAGAUCGAUUGAAUCGUUUGUUGGAAGAUGGUAUUAAAGGUGAACCACAUACGAUCAAACGACAGGAUUUUUUUUCAAUGAUUACCUAUAUGAGUCGUAACCCAGUCGGCCGAGAUGUAGUAUGGACGUUUUACAAGGAGAAUUAUCAAAGACUUGUUGAUGUUUAUACACUCGAAAGUCGUCGAUUAGGUACAGCUAUUGGUACAAUCUCACAUUCAUUUGAAAAGCAGUUAUAUCUUGAUGAAAUGAAUGAAUUCUUCAUCUUGCAUCCAAAUGCAGGUGCUGGAACAUAUCCACGUAAACAGGCAAUUGAUCAAGUGAAUAUGAAUAUCGAAUGGAUCAAAUCUCGAGAAGAAAAUAUGAUCAAAGCGUUUGACUUACUUUCACAAGACGAUCCAAAUAUAUCAUCAGUGCUCCCAACAGGAAAAGGAAACAAUAAACCUGAAUUUUCCACUCCAUCAUCGGAAAACAUUCGACUCAUCUCAAUGGAAAAUUCCGACAAAGUCCAGCUUAUUUUACGCGUUUUUAUCUUUGACAAUUUGACUGAUUAUGCUCGUACAUACAUCAUCAACCAUACGAUUUACUCGCGAAAUGCACCAUCCAAUAGCAUCUCCAUAUUCGACAGUAUGGAGAAUACCGCCAUUCACUCCCUCUAUUGUAUGAAUGUGGAGUGUGGCGCUAGAAUCUUAUUCGAAGAAGUUUAA